CCAACGGACCUCAUCUUCACUUUUACUUUGACAAUCCACCACUGGGUGAACCGGUGACGGUAGCUGCGAGGCGCUAGCUUGACACCCAAAGGUUGGGGCCAAGUCAAAACAAUGCAUCUUAAAUGGCGUCUACAAAUUAACGGAAAUCUCGAACGCCCCAUGCUCGAUUGUCGAUUCUCAGCCGCUAUUGCCUUAUGAUUCGCGACUCGACCCUCCGCCGACGCUUCGUUUGCAUUUCCCCGACCUCGCGCGGAUGUUUUUGUCGGCUGCAGAUGGAGGCGGCUAGCGGCCGCCUGCUAUUAACGUAGCCUGCCGCGGGGCAUCAGAGAGCAGAAAGACGGGAAGACAGAACGAAAAACAAACGCACAGACCUCCAGACGAGCACCGGUCCCUCUUCUACGUCGGCACCGGCUGCGGUCCCCAUGGCGGACUAGAACUCGUGCUCCGUCCCGUCAUGGCUCCGUGCUCCGUGGCGGCGGCCUGCCGCAGCCUGGCCCUCUCGACGUGGCUGCUGUCCUUCUGCUUUGUCCACCUGCUGUGCCUCGACUUCACCGUGGCCGAGCGGGAGGAGUGGUACACGGCCUUCGUCAACAUCACCUAUGUGGAGCCUGCCACCAAGGCGCUGCGAACCGACAAGACAGAAUGCGGCCGCUACGGGGAGCACUCGCCCAAGCGGGACGCCAAGGGGGUGGUAGUCCUGCCCGCCGCCCUGCACGACCGCCAGGCCUGCGACCCCGCCACCCCGUUCGUGACACCGGCCCACGCCGGGGCCUGGGUGGCUCUGAUUGCCCGCGGCAACUGCACGUACAAGGACAAGAUCCGGCAUGCCGCCGAGCGGAACGCCUCGGCCGUGGUCAUAUUUAACGUGGGCUCGGCCAACGCCAACGACACCAUCACCAUGCCUCAUGCAGGCACAGGCGAUGUCGUGGCCAUCAUGAUCCCAGAGCCCAAAGGUCGCGAGGUGGUGUCGCUACUGGAACGUAACGUGACAGUCACCAUGACCAUCACCAUCGGGACCAGAAACCUGCAGAAGUACGUGAGCAGGACCUCGGUGGUCUUUGUGUCCAUCUCCUUCAUCGUGCUGAUGAUCAUCUCGCUGGCCUGGCUCGUCUUCUACUACAUCCAGAGGUUCCGAUAUGCCAACGCGCGAGACCGCAAUCAGCGCCGCCUCGGUGACGCAGCCAAGAAGGCCAUCAGCAAGCUGCAGGUGCGCACCAUCAGAAAGGGCGACCAGGAGACAGAGGGCGACUUUGACAACUGCGCCGUGUGCAUCGAAGGCUAUAAGGCCAACGACGUGGUCCGCAUCCUACCAUGCAGACAUUUGUUCCACAAGAGCUGCGUGGACCCGUGGCUACUGGACCAUCGCACGUGUCCCAUGUGCAAGAUGAACAUCCUGAAGGCGCUGGGCAUCGCUUUGAAUGCCGACUGCCUGGAUGAUCUACCGCUGGACUACGACCUGGCUCUGGGUGGUGGUGCGGGACCGUUAGCGCUGGAGGCCGUGGUUUCCGGGGCGGCCGGUGACGGCACACUAAGCGAGGGAGGCUCCUCUGUGGUUCUGGAUCCGGGGGUGCGACGCAUGGGACUCCCGCAGGACUACCAGGACCCACCCGACACCCUGAGGGACAGUCCUGUGACGGCCACCACCGACACGCAUACUGGUGAGCUCCAGCCGAUGGCGAGCAGCGUCUCAGUGGCGUCGCUGGUUAUCGCCGUGGAAACGGGUCUGUCGGAUGAAGAGGGAUCCUAUCAAGCGUCUCAAAUGGAGGACAAGUCCUGAGAGGAACCUUGAAAAAUGUAAAGAAAUGGUACAUUUAAACAAAAAAAAAAAUCAAAAUGGGAGACAUGGAAGAGGACCUUUGAGUUUGACCCGGUCCCAACCGUCACCUCAACCGCAGCAGGUUUCCCCAAAGACCCGGUCGACUUAGGUUGGGGUUGUUCUCCUCUGCCGGGAUGGAAACUGUUACACGUCAUCUCAUUCCCCAAUCGUACCCGGCGUCCCAAAUCUCUACUCCUUCGCUUCUGCGGAUUCACACUGAACUUCCUGAAUCCAGAGAGACCCAAAACGGUUAACGAGGAAACAACUGAAACCAAAUGUCACUCCAGUCACGAGUCGAGUCAGACUUAAGGUUGACGUGACUUGACAAGUCUGUUGACAUGUAAGAAUUCAAGGAUUACGUCAAGUUUUAGGAGUUUAAUGGAAAAGAAAGUUACUUUUUUUUUUUUUAUCGUGGCUAAUGUGCAAAUCUAUGUUGUGACUGAGCAAGUUUGUCUGACUUGACGAACCAGAGUCAUGACUUGGUUGAAAUUUAGCGGCCAUUUGACAUUACCUGCUUGUUUUUUUUUGGGGGGGGGGGGUGGACUUGCACAUGUGACUUCCUCCCACCUCUGGUUAUCUGCUUCGUCUACCUUCUCCGGAAUGUUCCAGGACUUGGUCCGCUCACCUCUUGUCCUACUCCAGAAUCCCGCCACGAGGCCAAUGGACGAACAAUUGUGCCGACUUGGUCCCGGCAGCGUUCUAACUGGCAGGGCUCUGUGUUUGUAUUUGCCCGCGUGUCCAAUUGUAGGGCUCAUCCUCCGUCCCCCGAAAAGAUGGCAAGAGAUGUCGGUACAGCAAGCAGAGAUUUCCGAACACAUUUCGACAUUGGUCCCGUUUGCCGACAAUCAUUGUUUGGGUCUCGUAACAUUUUUCUCUUCCGCUCUUCCCGCCGGCGCCACGGAGAGACGACGCUUCACUACGAGAGCGCGAAAUCGUCAUGUAUUUUGCUACCAGAGGAGAUGUUUAUUUUUGUAAUGCCUAGAAGACUGAGUGGACUCUCCCUCUCCUGCUGCCGGCGUCUUCUACAUGGUCAAGCAGCGCCAAGCAACGGGACGUCCUAAAGGUCACAAUUGUUUCCAUGUUGAGUAAUGAACUUGCACAGCUUGAAUCCAAAACAAAACGGGUGUCACAAACUCCUUUUAGACGCGGGUCACGUUGUAGCUACGGUUUCAACGGAAGGUAUGGAAAAUAGUGCCAAGCAAAUAUUGAAGCAUGCUGUCCAAUUUGCUUUCAAAGAAGGGUUUGGAGAAAUCAAAUGUGUGAAGUGUCAAUUUCAGUCCAGGUUUUCUUGCCAAAUUGAAAAGAACAAAUUCAUCAGGAAAAUUAAGCAGACAGGUCGCGUUUGCUUGAGUGGGCCGCGUCAAAUUGAGUUUGGCACCAUCGGUUUUGUCAAGUGGAAACAUGAUGCCAUUCUUUGGAUAUGAAUAGCAUUUCAAGGUCCAACUGCAAUGACAUUUUACACUCAUCUUAGUGUUGAUAGGUCAUUAAGAAACUUGCUAGGAUGAUUUUGUUGGGGGCUGGGAGAUACAAACUUUUUUUUCUUUGGUCGUCAAACCUUAACUUACUAUCUAUCCAUUUGUUUGAUCACUUGAACACGGUGCAGAGCUUUGUUAGCUGUAAUAUGUGAUGAUGAUGAUGACGUAUUGUCAUGGCUGCUUUUUCUUUUGUGAAUGCUGUUCGAAUUAAACUUCUCUCUGUUGUGUUGUAAA